CGCGUCUUGAGUUUCUUUCCACCUCCGCCUCUCCUGCAUCAUUUAUUCAUUGAUUCUCCUAGCUCUCAGCGAUAACAAUGUUCUCGGGUCGCGCGAUCCGAUCGGGGGUGAAUGCCACCGGCAGCCACGCCUCGGCGCUUUCCAAGACCGGCGCUGCAUCACGGUUGUCCUCCACCAGUAAGCCCCAAUGGCGCGGUGUAUCUCCCCAGGUCCCGAUAGGAAACAGAAGGUGGAUUUCAGUUUAUGGCUAUACGCAAUCCAAGGCGCUUGUCUACUCCCGAUACGGCGAGCCGAAGGAUGUUCUGCAACUUCACAAGCAUUCAAUUUCGGCCCCUCAUGGCACGCAGGUUAACCUUCGUCUUCUUGCGGCGCCGCUGAACCCCGCAGAUGUGAAUCAGAUCCAGGGCGUGUAUCCAAGCAAGCCGCCCUUCCAAACGGCUCUUGGUACACAGGAGCCAUCUGCUGUAGCCGGAAAUGAGGGUGCCUUUGAAGUCAUUGCAACUGGAUCUGGGGCCCGAAAUGUCAGCAAGGGCGAUUGGGUUGUCAUGAAGCAGACUGGACAGGGCACCUGGCGCACUCACGCCCAGCUGGACGAGUCACAGUUGAUCAAAAUUGAGAACAAAGAGGGCCUGACUCCACUUCAAAUCAGCACAGUUAGCGUCAAUCCGGUAACUGCUUACCGCAUGAUUAAAGAUUUCUGUGAAUGGGACUGGAUGCGCGCAGGGGAGGAGUGGUUGAUUCAGAAUGGCGCAAACAGCGGCGUCGGGCGAGCUGCUAUCCAACUUGCGCGGGAGUGGGGCAUCAAGACCCUCAAUAUUGUUCGGGAGCGGAAGACCCCAGAAGAGACCGAAGUUCUGAAGAAGGAACUUCUCGAUCUAGGGGCAACUGCGGUGGUCACAGAAGCUGAGCUGCUUUCUGGUGGAUUUAGAAACCUUGUGCAUGAUCUCACGCGUCAAGGAAAAGAGCCCAUUCGGUUAGCAUUGAAUUGUGUGGGUGGGAAGAGCGCCACUGCACUUGCCAAAACACUAGCACCAGGCUCGCAUUUAGUCACAUACGGGGCCAUGUCAAAGCAGCCGGUUGCCCUGCCGUCAGGACUACUUAUCUUUAAAAACCUCGCGUUUGAUGGCUUUUGGGUUAGCAAAUGGGGAGACAAGAACCCACAGCUCAAGGAGAACACCAUCAGUGACGUAUUGCAGCUGACACGCGCAGGCAGAUUUAAGGACAUCCCUGUUGAAGAAAUCAAAUGGAACUGGGAUAUGGAUGGCUCGGAGCUCAUUUCAGGCGUGCAAGAAACUCUGAGCGGUUACCGCAGCGGCAAGGGCUUGCUUUGUUACAAGGGCCAGGAUUGA